CGCUAAAUCAGAGACGAAAAAGAUCAGCGAAGAAAAAAAAAAAAAUGCAGAUCUUCGUCAAAACCCUCACCGGAAAAACCAUAACCCUAGAGGUCGAAAGCAGCGACACCAUCGACAAUGUCAAAGCCAAAAUUCAGGACAAAGAGGGAAUACCACCUGAUCAACAGAGGUUGAUAUUUGCUGGUAAGCAACUUGAAGAUGGUCGAACAUUAGCGGAUUACAACAUCCAGAAAGAGUCGACUCUUCACUUGGUCUUGAGGCUUAGGGGCGGGACUAUGAUUAAGGUCAAGACUCUCACAGGGAAGGAAAUUGAGAUUGAUAUUGAACCAACCGAUACUAUUGAUCGGAUCAAGGAACGUGUUGAGGAGAAAGAAGGUAUCCCUCCUGUUCAACAAAGGCUCAUCUACGCCGGAAAACAGCUAGCUGAUGACAAAACGGCAAAAGACUACGCCAUAGAGGGAGGCUCUGUUCUUCAUCUGGUUCUUGCUCUUAGGGGUGGUUUUGGUCUUCUCUGAGAAGUAACUCUUAAAUAUAUAUCUUUUCCUGUUUUCCUUUGUAUGGCUUGUUGGAGUUGGUGGGGAAAAAGUGAAUGCAAUUUGGAUAUGAUGCUUUGAAUAUUAUGCUGUUUCAGUGGGUUUGGAUUAACUUACCAAUAAUCUGUUAAAUAUCGAAUCAUACUUAUAUUUAUUUGGA